AUGCCGACAUCAACCUCCUCAACGGCCACGACCGAAGCCGUGACGGAAAGCUUCCCGGUACCCCCGUCAAAGGAAGACGCAAAGAAGGCGCUGGCAUCACAGCUGCGCGCCCUGGCGGCGGGAGGGUUCGGCGGCGUGUGCGCCGUCGUUGUCGGGCAUCCGUUCGACCUCGUCAAGGUCCGUCUCCAGACGGCCGAGAGGGGCCUGUACUCUUCCGCCGUGGACGUGGUCAGGAAGAGCGUCGCGCGUGACGGUCUCCGACGCGGCCUCUACGCCGGCGUGAGUGCUCCCUUGAUGGGUGUCACGCCAAUGUAUUCCUUCAUCAUCACCGUCCGAAAUAAAGUCGCCGUCUCAUUCUGGGGUUACGAUUUAGGCAAGCAGAUCGUCACCGGCUCGUCAAAGGUCGGACCCGAGGGACUCUCCAUAGCCCAGACAUCGGCGGCCGGCUUCAUCUCCGCCAUCCCCAUGACGGCCAUCACCGCCCCCUUCGAGCGCAUCAAGGUCAUCCUCCAGGUCCAGGACCAGAAGAAGCUCGCGCCCGGCGACAAGCCCAAGUACACCGGCGCUCUCGACGUGGCCCGCCAGCUCUACCGCCAGGGCGGGCUGCGCAGCGUCUUCCGCGGCAGCGUCCCCACCCUCGCCCGCGACGGCCCCGGCUCGGCCGCCUACUUCGCCGCCUACGAGUACAUCAAGCGCGAGAUGAGCCCGCGCGACCCCGUCACCGGCAGGCCCACCGGAGAGCUCAGCCUCACCGCCAUCACCUGCGCCGGAGCCGCCGCCGGCGUGGCCAUGUGGGUCCCCGUCUUCCCCGUCGACACCGUCAAGUCCCGCCUGCAGACGGCAGAGGGCAACGUCUCCCUCUCCGCCGUCGUCAGGGAGCUCUACGCCAAGGGCGGCGUGCGCGCCUUCUUCCCCGGCUUCGGUCCCGCCCUCGCCCGGGCCGUCCCGGCCAAUGCCGCCACCUUCUUGGGCGUCGAGCUGGCUCACUCUGCCAUGAACAAGUCGUUUGGCAAGCUGGAGUGA